AUGGCAUCGGGAGGGGAAGCGAAGAAUGAUGACUUAGCCACUGCGAUCCUGAAACAGAAGAACAGGCCCAAUAGACUCAUCGUUGACGAGUCUAUCAAUGAAGACAACAGUGUGGUGUCUCUCUCUCAGACCAAGAUGGAUGACCUGCAGCUCUUCCGCGGUGACACAGUGCUGAUGAAGGGCAAAAAGAGACGUGAGACGGUGUGCAUCGUACUGUCCGAUGAUACGUGCUCGGACGAAAAGGUUCGAAUGAACAGGGUGGUCCGCAACAACCUGAGGGUUCGACUGGGUGAUGUAAUCAGCAUUCAGCCUUGUCCUGAAGUAAAGUAUGGAAAGAGGAUCCACGUCCUUCCAAUAGAUGACACAGUAGUGGGAAUCACUGGAAAUUUGUUUGAGGUUUUUCUCAAGCCAUACUUUCUAGAGGCCUACCGGCCCAUCCGCAAAGGUGAUAUUUUCCUGGUUCGAGGAGGCAUGCGCGCUGUGGAAUUCAAAGUGGUGGAAACCGAUCCUUCACCCUACUGCAUCGUUGCUCCCGACACAGUCAUUCACUGUGAAGGCGAGCCAAUCAGGAGAGAGGAUGAAGAGGAGUCUUUGAACGAGGUGGGCUAUGAUGACAUUGGUGGAGUGAGGAAGCAACUGGCCCAGAUCAAAGAAAUGGUGGAACUUCCUCUUAGGCACCCUGCACUUUUCAAGGCCAUAGGUGUCAAGCCCCCACGUGGAAUCCUUCUGUACGGACCCCCGGGAACUGGAAAGACUUUGAUUGCCAGGGCUGUCGCCAAUGAAACUGGAGCCUUCUUCUUCCUGAUCAAUGGCCCUGAGAUAAUGAGCAAAUUGGCUGGUGAGAGCGAGAGUAACCUAAGGAAGGCCUUUGAAGAAGCAGAGAAAAAUGCUCCUGCCAUCAUUUUCAUCGAUGAGCUUGACGCUAUUGCCCCUAAGCGAGAAAAGACUCACGGAGAGGUGGAGAGGCGCAUCGUAUCGCAGCUGCUGACUCUGAUGGACGGCCUCAAACAGAGAGCCCAUGUCAUUGUCAUGGCCGCCACAAACAGACCUAACAGCAUCGACCCAGCUCUAAGGAGAUUCGGCCGUUUUGAUCGGGAAGUGGAUAUUGGUAUUCCAGAUGCCACUGGCAGACUAGAGAUUCUCCAGAUUCACACCAAAAACAUGAAGCUGGCUGAUGACGUCGACUUGGAACAGGUAGCCAAUGAGACCCACGGUCACGUAGGUGCAGAUCUGGCCGCCUUGUGCUCUGAGGCAGCGCUGCAGGCCAUCAGAAAGAAGAUGGACUUGAUUGAUCUAGAAGAUGAGACCAUUGAUGCAGAAGUGAUGAAUUCGCUCGCCGUCACCAUGGAUGACUUCAAGUGGGCUCUGAGCCAGAGCAACCCAUCAGCUCUUAGAGAGACAGUGGUUGAGGUACCUAACAUUACUUGGGAGGAUAUUGGUGGUCUGGAAGAUGUCAAGCGAGAGCUGCAAGAGUUGGUACAGUACCCAGUGGAGCAUCCGGACAAGUUCCUCAAAUUUGGCAUGACCCCAUCCAAGGGGGUGCUCUUCUACGGACCUCCUGGAUGUGGUAAGACCCUGCUGGCCAAAGCCAUCGCCAAUGAGUGCCAGGCCAAUUUCAUCUCCAUCAAGGGACCAGAGUUGCUCACCAUGUGGUUCGGAGAGUCCGAGGCAAACGUCAGAGAGAUUUUUGACAAGGCUCGUCAAGCAGCCCCUUGCGUUCUCUUUUUCGACGAACUGGAUUCCAUAGCGAAGGCUCGCGGCGGCAACGUAGGAGAUGGCGGUGGCGCGGCCGACCGUGUUAUUAACCAAAUCCUGACCGAGAUGGACGGCAUGUCCAGCAAGAAGAACGUCUUCAUCAUCGGCGCCACAAACAGACCCGACAUCAUCGACCCAGCUAUUCUCAGACCCGGACGUCUGGACCAGCUCAUCUACAUCCCCCUGCCUGACGAGAAGAGCCGAAUGAGCAUCCUUAAGGCCAAUUUACGCAAGAGUCCCAUCAGCAAGGAUGUGAACCUGGACUACCUGGCAAAGAUGACCAACGGCUUCUCCGGAGCUGACCUCACAGAGAUCUGUCAGCGAGCGUGCAAAUUGGCCAUCAGAGAGAGCAUCGAGAACGAGAUCCGCAGAGAGAGGGAGAGGCAAACUAAUCCUUUAGCGAUGGAGGUGGAAGAAGAUGACCCAGUGCCCGAGAUCAGGAAGGACCACUUUGAGGAAGCCAUGCGAUUCGCUCGCCGCUCUGUCAGCGACAACGACAUUCGCAAAUACGAAAUGUUUGCACAGACACUGCAGCAGAGUCGUGGCUUUGGCAGCUUCAGGUUCCCUAACAGCAACACCGUUGGCAGCGGUCCAAGCCACGGCACAAGUGGAACCGGCACCGGUCCCGUUUUCAAUGAAGAUAACGACGAUGACCUUUACGGAUAA